AUGAGGAAGGCUGUUAGGUAUGGAAGGCGCUUGCUGGUCCACACGGCAGUGGGUGGGGCAUGCGGGGCUGGCUAUCUGCUUUACAGGCGGCAGUCAGAUGUAGAGGAGCUUUGGCAAGGCCAGGAAAAGCACACUGCGGCCCUGCUGCGACUUACGAGCUCCAACUCGGCAGAAGUGCUUGGCAGAUGUCUUGGCCUGUACGGUGUGGCCGUGGUGCCCGAAAGGGUGCCCCUGCGUCGGGACAUGGGACAAGAGGUGUGCAAGCCCUUUGCCAACAUCCUUGCUGGCAUCACCUUCCAGGGGCGUUCCUUGCUCACCCCUGCGGGCGGCCUAAACCUGGAUGUCUUCGGGGCGGCUGUUGGUUCUGCCAUCUCGAUGCCUCUGCUCAUUCCCGGAUCCUUCUUGGCGGGGGCUUUGGUAGGCGAAUCCUCUGGCUAUCUGGUGUCGGUCAUGCAGUCCAUGCAGCAUCCGACACUGAAGGCACUGCUUGAUGCAGCCUGCUCGAGGAUUGGUCAGCACACGCCCUUCUUGCGACGGCGCUUCGACCCGGAGGAGCUCAGCAGAAGCUGGUCGAUGGGAGCAGGGACGCGGGACACGCGGGACACGCGGGACACGCGGGACACGCGGGACACGCGGGACACGCGGGAGGGCAGGGGGAGGGAAAAAGAGGCUCAAGAGGCUCAAGGGGCUGCAGCUGGCUCCACGGACCAGCCUAGCAAUGGGGAGGAUUCUCGCUUUGGCCCCUGGGGGUCGGCUCUGUCGUUGCUUCUCUUUGGCCCUCUGGCUUUCGGAAAGAAGGCCGAGAUCGACGAAAGUUCAUGCGAGCAGAUGCCCAGAGGGCCUGGCGGGUGGCACCAAUGGUGCUUCUACCACAGAGACGAGCUCACUGAAGAGGGGGUCAUGCCAGACGUGGCCAGCUUGAUGCAGGAAGUGUACAGCGCAUCCUGGCACAGCAGCAACGAUUCAACCGACUUGCUGAGCACGGAUGCUACUUGGCGCUUGCCUGACUUAGCUCGCUCCUUAGUACUCACCUGUGUCCGGCAGUGUUUCGAUGCAUCCUGCAACUUGUCGGCCUUGACAGCAGCCAUCAUGCGCUCUGUCGAGAAGCUGUGGCUGCCUCUUCUUGUCCACUCGCAAACCGCCGCGGAGAGCAGCGUGGGAGGUGGGAGUGCAGACGCUUCCCCAGACAGUCCUGACCAUUCUGGGCAGGGUUCGCCCAUGGUGCUCAAGCGUGCGUCGCUGUUGUGGGCAGACUCCGGUGCCGCCUCAACGAUUUGGACAGAGCGGGAAGCGAGCUUUUCAACGGGAUCCGCCGAGGGCAUCUCAGUGGUGCUGCCCUUGGUGGAUCUGACCCCAGGCUUGGCGGAGCUGGAGGUGAUCACAGGCUCCCACAAGAACCUCCAAAGCUGGAACUUGCAAGAGGUCUCACUGGCCCACGUGUCUGUUCUGGCCGGGGACAUCUUGGUACUGGACAACCGAGUUUGGCAACGAUUGAGAAUGCUGAAGCACGGGUCUCGUAAAGCAGUGCUGCUGCAGUACGAGUAUGUCAUCGAGUCUGCAGACAAGCAAGACCUCAAGCCAUUGCACUUCUAUUCUGUGGAUGGAUUCUUCUGGUCUGGAGUGGCUUGGUGCCUUCGCUUCCGGCAAGCUGCCAACGUGAUACAUUCCACAAUAUCAGCAGCAGUUUCGCAAAGUUGUGACAACUUCAAAUGA